AUGGGCAACUCGGGCCACGGCAAAGAGAAGAGCAAAGUAGCUAGGGGACCAGGGGACGACACUCAAGCAAGGGAGAGCCAGCAUGAGACCGCUUCAUUGAAGCAAGACUCGCCGACCAAUCGCGCAGACUCUGGCACUAGAAAGAACGAGCACUACAAUUCCGUCGAAAUCUAUGACAAGAUGUCAAGGUGGUUGGAGGGAAACCCUCAGGAAGAGCCGUGGAGUGCCGUUAGCUCCUUUUCGAGAGGUCACCCGGGGAACGGAUAG